GAAGUGACAGAUGCAAUAUUUCACAUUUUAAAAAUUUUCUUUUUUGCUCUUGUCACCACACAAGCUGAUGGACUGCUGCCAAAGAUCAAGACCUUGAAAAUAGCUUAAGUGACAAGCCUGCUGUCCAGUCCCCACCAUGAUAGCAACAGGUGGCCUGCUGCGCAUGAACAGGCGCCAGGAUUCCCUCCGCUCUAAAAACCGGGCAGAAAACAAAAGGAAGCGGAAAUCCAAGAAAAAGAAGAAGAACGAUGUGGUGGUGGUGAAGGGGAAGCUAAAUCUGUUCUCCCCGGCCGGUUUGGUGGCUGGUGUUGGAGUUAUAGUUCUCAUGGUGGGGAUUUCCAUGGCUGUACUGGGCUACUGGCCCAGCCAGAACCAGCAGGAGUACCAGGAGCGCCGCAGAACUGGAGCAUACCACACCAACAGGAUGAGCUACUCCAAAAGUCCGCCUGUGUUCUCGAACUUGACCCGUGCUAAACCUCCCUCCGGCCAGACAAAUGUAUUCAAUCAGAGCCAUUCUAACAGCACCACCUCCGACCCGUCCCGCAAAUGUGGCUUCCUGUGUGACUUCCUGGAUAAUUACCUGUACUCAGACAAUCUGAAAGUCUUUGGACCGCUGGUGAUGGGAAUCGGCAUUUUCCUCUUCAUCUGCGCCAAUGCAGUCCUCCAUGAAAACCGAGACAAGAAAACCAAAAUCAUCAACCUUAGAGACAUUUACUCCACAGUUAUAGAUCUACACAGCAUACGGUCAAAGGAGUACUCUCCUCUAAAUGGUUUGGUGAACUACACUCAGUCGAGAAAUGCUGAGGGUCCAUCGGGAUCGUUCCCUGCGAGCGGGACACUUACUCGCAGCUCCUGGCCUUCCACUGGACUCGGUCUCCAGGGCGAGUUACGCACAGAUGAGGUCUUCAGACGCCAGUCUUUGGCCAGUAGGCCUCGUAGCUUGUCCAGAGAUGUCCAGACCUUCACGGACACUGUCUACAGCAUCUACAAAGACUACAGCAAUAGCAGUGAGCAGGCCCCACAGCCCCGACAGUGGGAGACCACCUCUAUCGUCACCUCCUCUGUGAAUGCUUUCACCCUCCCCGUGAUCAAACUGAACAACUGUGAGGUGGAGGAGUCUGAGAGAGCGGAGGCAGAGGGACGCUCAGAGGAAGGGGUCGUUAUUGAGGCCGCUGCUGAGACCAUUAGUGAGCAAGGACAAGCCAGCAGCAGCCAGGCUGACGAGGCGGAUGCCAAGGAGAAGGACACCCCGACGGCGGAUUCACCGACCCAUCGGAGCCAUGAGGAAAUAACCACAGACACGGCUGACCAACAGGAGGUGCAGCAGACUCAACCUCAACCACAGUGGAGCCAGCUGUCUCCUCCAUCACCUGUUGCCAGGGCGAUGGGGUCACGACUGUCGCUCAACUCCCUCACAGAUCAGCCCAGGUCUGCACGCCGCUGCAGCCUGUCUGUGUCUGUGUGUCGUCAAGGCGACAGAGCCAGGCGCUUCAGCUGCCCUCGCCUGGAGCGCUCCAACAGUAAGGGCUACAUCAAACUGACAGACCUGGGGGGCGAGUCCUUCGAAGCCCCCGACACAGACACUUCUUUAGUGCCCACCGAACAGGACGUAGCAACGGACGCAGCUGCAGCAGCAGCAGAGCAUGAAGAAGCUCAGGGAGAGGACGAUCUGGUGACACCCAGCACGUCUGCAGAAUCCUAGACAAUGUAUGUUCUUUUGCUGAUGAGCCUCUGA